AGCCCUAGAACAUUUGUGAAAAAAAAAAAGGGGGAAAAAGAAAAAAGUAACGACACAGCAUAUACAAAAGUGAAGAAUUUGCUUUGGGAGGAAGUAAGUGCGAUGCUCUGAGCUUUCAAAUUUGGAAAAAAGUUUCGUUUCGGAAAUCGUUAUGGCCCUCUCCGCCGUGAGGCAGCGGCGCCCUGAGGCGUCUGAUCCGUCGCCGUCGCGACCGUACACGAAGCUCGACAAGCCUAAGAAAUCGGAGGGAAAAGAGGAACAAGGGUUGGCGUGGUUUCUGCCAUUCCUGGCCCUUGGAAUUCUGAGGUACAUGAGUGCCACUUCCAACCUCAUCCACGAUUGCGACGAGGUCUUCAACUACUGGGAACCCCUCCAUUUCCUUCUCUACAAAACUGGCUUCCAGACAUGGGAAUACAGUUCGCAGUUUGCUCUUCGCUCGUAUUUGUACCUUUUAUUUCAUGAAAUAGUGGGUCGACCAGCUUCUUGGUUGUUUAGUGAGGACAAAGUGAGAGUGUUCUAUGCUGUUAGAUUCUUUCUGGGUCUUCUCUCUGUUUUAGUUGACACUGUUCUCGUGGUUGCUCUUUCAAGAAAGUAUGGAAAGCGACUUGCUUCGUAUGCACUUGCUAUGCUGUGCUUAACCAGUGGCUGUUUCUUUGCUAGCACUAGUUUCUUGCCGAGUUCGUUUUCUAUGUAUGCAAUAUCUCUGGCAUCAGGUUUAUUUCUUCUGGAUAAACCUGCUGCAGCAAUUUCUGUUGCUGUUGUUGGUGUAAUACUUGGCUGGCCUUUCUCAAUCUUGGCUUUCCUUCCAGUGACACUAUAUUCUCUAUCUAGAAAAUUCAAACAGGCAUUUAUUGGCGGGGCUGUCUCAUCAGUUAUUCUUCUUGCACUGUCAAUAGUUACGGACUUUUACUAUUAUGGAAAAUGGACUUCAUCUGUGUUGAAUCUUUUAAUAUACAAUGUAGCUGGAGGAGGUGAAAGCCAUCUAUAUGGGACUGAAGGGCCUCUUUAUUAUCUGAGGAAUGGAUUUAACAAUUUCAACUUUUGUUUUGUUCUUGCUAUGCUGUUCUUGGGAAUUUUGCCUAUUGCAAAGAAGAAAUAUGCACCAGACCUACUGAUUGUGAUAUCUCCUAUAUAUAUUUGGCUGGGGUUUAUGUCUUUGCAGCCACACAAAGAAGAAAGGUUCCUUUAUCCAAUAUAUCCACUUAUUUGUGUUGCUGCUUCAGCUGUCAUUGAGAGCUUCCCUGAUAUUUUCCGUAGCAAAUAUAAUCCAUACGAUCCUUCUAUAAUAGUGACAAUUGCCAAAGUUUUGAGACCAGUGGCUCUUAGCCUUAUACUAUAUGCUUCUCAUGCUCGUACGUUUUCUCUGAUUAAUGGUUACUCAGCUCCCUUGGAGGUUUACAAGAUUUUGGAACACCAUCACGCAGAUAACAAUUCCAUACUCUGUGUUGGAAGUGAAUGGCAUCGCUUUCCAUCAUCAUUUUUCAUCCCAGAUUAUGUGGGACAAGUUCGAUGGAUUGACGAUGGAUUCCGAGGCCUUCUUCCCCUCCCAUUUAAUUCUACCCUAGGGGGGACUGCAGCAGCACCGCCAUAUUUUAACAACAAAAACAUAGCAUCAGACAAGCAAUACCUCCAUGAUGUUGAUGCCUGUACUUUCCUUGUCGAGCUGCAACUAAAGCGGCCUUACCUGACUCGUGGAAGUAACAUGUCAGAAUGGGAGGCUAUUGCUGCAUUGCCUUAUCUGGACAGGGAGCUUUCACCGGCAUUGUAUAGGUCUUUUUUCAUUCCUUACCUUUGGCAAGAGAAGAAUGUUUUUGGCAUGUAUAAACUGCUCAAAAGAGUAACCACGUGAUUUUCUUUUUGGGCGAGGGGCAGUUAAAAUGUCCUAGAAUAUGGUGGAUUAACAACAAAACCAUUUUUGUUAGAGACAGUUAGCUUGUAGGAUUUCCCUCAUCUGUUGUUGAAUAUUUGAUUUAGUUCUAAUCUGCUUAGAUUUCUCCGGUGUUGUCUGGUGUCCUACUAUUUCCCGCAGAAGCACUCAAUUUGUUAGUCAUGCUGAUUAAAUGUGUUGGGGGUGAGUGUUUGCAAAAUCUUGAUUUUGGAUGAUAUUGAUUUUACAAAAUUGAGUUUGAAGUGAUUUAUGUUUAAAAACGUUUAUUUCGAAAGAAAGCUUGUAGUGAAACUUGGU